AUUUUGACCCGCAUGCCCCAAGUUCGCAACCUUUUCCGACCUUUAUGACCAACAACUAUGCGUCAUGCCUUGUGUGAUUCAUGUGAGAAACGAAGAACAUAUGAAGAACCAUAGCUCUGAAACAAAUAAGAGGAAGCCGAAUGUUUUGAGAAUAUCCGAUCCCAUGCACUACGGCACCCAUGCGACCGCCCACUUGUGGCUCCACCCACGUUUUUACGGGCACGUUCCACGACCGACGGGGUUGGAUUAGUUUCCCAUAUCACUCAUCACUAAACACAGCUACAAUGUUACGGUCAAUAUCAAGGAUGCUGUUUUUAUUGGCUAUAAUGACCAGCUAUGCUAGUCCAUGGUGGUUGCUCUCCGAGACUGAUCCUGAACGUAUCGCCUCUUAUCCCUCGGCAUGCUCCGUAGUUCCUGGUCUAAGCGAAGGACAACGAAAUUUAUGUUCGAGACACCCAGAUACAAUGAAGUAUUUGAUUGAUGGCCUGCGAAUGGCAAUCUCAGAAUGCCAGCACGCAUUCCGUAAUCAAGUAUGGAACUGUACACUCACUACACCUGGGGUUGAGGCGACACCGCUGAAGAUUGCUUCGAAAGAAUCCGCUUAUGUCUAUGCAAUCGCUUCGGCUGGUGUGAGUCAUUCAUUGGCGAAGGCUUGUGCAAAAGGUCUUAUUGAAGACUGCGGUUGUGGCCCAACACCAUCAACGGUAUCAAAUACUUUUGUAUGGGCUGGUUGCUCUGACAAUGUACGUUAUGGCAACUCAUUUGGACGAAAAUUCAUCGAUGUCAAUGACAAGGCUCAGGGUGAUGCCAGAGCCCUGAUGAACCUUCAUAACAACCGAGUUGGUCGUCGUCUUCUGGCCACCCGUAUGGGAAAAGAGUGCAAAUGCCAUGGAGUUAGCGGCAGUUGUGUUACUAAAACUUGCUGGAAAGUUGUGCCGAAAUUUGAUGACUUUGCUCAGCUUCUAAAGUACAAAUAUGAAAUGGCUCAACAAGUUACCGUAGCACCUCACGGAACUGCACUGAUGAUUCGAGAACCGAUCUCGGAUAGCAAACGAAGUGGAAGGUAUUUGAAAGACAAGAGCGACAAGCACAAGGCAGCAAAAGGAGAUCUCGUAUAUUUGGAUGCUUCGCCAGAUUACUGCUCAGUGAACACUAGGGGUCGGGACUGUGGAAAUAAUUGCGAUGAAAUCUGUUGUGGCAGAGGCUGGCAUACUGUUCGAGAAAUUGUCGACGAGCCUUGUCAUUGUCGUUUCAUUUGGUGCUGCGAUGUACAAUGUAAAACUUGCAAAAAAAUAGUCGACCGUAAUUUUUGUCGUUAGUUGGCUUGAAGUCUUCUAUCACUCCCUACGCAUCCAUUUUUAUGCCUUUCAUGACACUCAUGUAUUGCCACAUCCAUAUGCUGGUCAUUUCUUUUCUUUCCAGUCGCUAGUAUAACUUGCACUUCUCACCAAUUUUUCUACAUUUUAACGCCGGAUUUCUAUUUAGAAUAUAUAUCUUAAGUAGAUUUUUGAAUGUGCAUGAUGAUAUGCCUUUCCCAAUCACUCAAAUUUUUCAACAUCACGAUCUGAUCAGGAAUCUCAGUUACUUUUCCUACUUCUCAUAGGGAACGCUUUAGGUUUGUACAUAUUAAUAUUGAUUAUUGAAUGCUUCUAAUAAUAAAAGAUAUCAGUCGUAGC